AUUCACACAAAGUUUGGCUCCAUCGCUGCGGAGGGAGGGGGCGGCUCGGCCCGGCCCAGCUCUGCCCCCGGCCCGGCCCGACCUUGGCUCCGGCCCCCGGCCCCGGCCCAGCCCUUAUCUGAUCGACUCGUCUAGUUUAAGAGCCCGGCCCCGCCCGUCACACAGCUCCGCUCCCCUCCUCACCCUCCAGCCCGCCCCGUCAGUCAAGCCUUCAGUCCAUUCUCUCGGCCACCCGGUCCGAGGUGCCUCCCUGCCCAGAACCCAAGAUGACUUCAGUUGCAAAGGUGUACUACAGCCAGACCACCCAGACAGAGAGCCGGCCCCUGAUGGGUCCGGGGUUGCGCCGCCGGCGGGUACUGACCAAGGAUGGCCGCAGUAACAUCCGCAUGGAACACAUUGCUGACAAGCGCUUCCUCUACCUCAAGGACCUAUGGACCACCUUCAUUGACAUGCAGUGGCGCUACAAGCUGCUAUUGUUCUCUGCCACCUUUGCAGGAACCUGGUUUCUGUUUGGUGUGGUAUGGUACCUGGUAGCUGUGGUCCAUGGAGACCUGCUGGAGCUAGGGCCUCCUGCUAACCACACACCCUGUGUGGUACAAGUACACACGCUCACAGGUGCCUUUCUCUUCUCUCUCGAGUCACAGACCACCAUUGGCUACGGGUUCCGCUAUAUUAGUGAAGAGUGUCCACUGGCCAUUGUCCUCCUCAUUGCCCAGCUGGUGCUCACUACCAUCCUGGAGAUCUUUAUCACAGGCACUUUCCUGGCCAAAAUUGCCCGGCCCAAGAAGAGGGCUGAGACCAUCCGUUUCAGCCAGCAUGCUGUGGUGGCCACUCAUGAUGGCAAACCCUGCCUUAUGAUCCGUGUUGCCAACAUGCGCAAAAGCCUUCUCAUUGGCUGCCAGGUGACAGGUAAGCUGCUCCAGACCCAUUUAACCAAGGAAGGGGAGAGCAUCCGGCUCAAUCAAGUCAAUGUGGCUUUCCAGGUGGAUACAGCCUCUGACAGCCCAUUCCUCAUCCUACCCCUUACUUUCUACCAUGUGGUGGAUGAAUCCAGCCCUCUGCGUGACCUGCCCCUGCGAAGUGGUGAGGGGGACUUUGAGUUGGUUCUGAUCCUCAGUGGGACAGUGGAAUCCACCAGUGCCACCUGCCAAGUGCGCACAUCCUAUUUGCCGGAGGAGAUCCUCUGGGGUUAUGAAUUCACACCUGCCAUCUCACUCUCUGCUAGUGGCAAGUACGUGGCUGAUUUCAGCCUCUUUGACCAGGUUGUGAAGGUGACGCCCCCCGGCAGCCUCCGAGAUACCACUGUCCGUUAUGGGGACCCUGAAAAGCUCAAGCUAGAGGAAUCUUUCCGGGAACAGGAAGGGAAGGAGGGCAGUGCCCUCAGUGUACGAAUCAGCAAUGUCUGACUGCUUUGACUCCCACUUCCCUCACCCCUUCUGGCCAGAGGAGAUAUUCUCUGGUUCGACCCUACCCCCUGACUCAUGCCUGUUCUCUCUCUCCCAGCUCCCAGGUGGGGUGACCUGCCCAGGCUCAUUGGAGAGAGCCCCAGAAUCACCCUUCUCCCAAUCCCAUCUCCCUAUACCCAGUGGCCUAUAAUUUGCCUAGGCCAGCCUGAGGGAACAGUCCCUCUUUGGACUGAGUACCACCUCCAAGCCAAGGUUUGGGGUAUUUGGGACAGAGUAGAUUGGGCUGAAGAGGAUUAGAAAAUCUCAGCCAUUACUGGAGACUCCAUAAGAGAACUGUGCAGUUGGAUGGAUGGACUCUGCUCCAUUUAUGAAACUUGGUGCCUUGAGGAUGGAGGACUUCUUUUCUACCUUCCUACCCAGCUAGUUCCCUGAGCCCAGGCUCUCUCUGCUGGUCACUCUGGGAACUACACUCUUAGAUAUGCCUGAUACUGGGACCUGGCAGUGGAUAAAGCAUCAACCUGUCCUAGUAUCCCUGCUAUACCCCAACAGAGUACACUACUUCCUCUUCUGAUGAGACUGAUUCCCCUUCUGGCCCAAACCUAUGGGCUUGAUCACCACCAUUUGCUCCUUCACAAUUCCCCAAGUGGACCCUCCCCACUAUGUCCCAGAUCUGACUUGUCCUUCCUUUGAUGCCUAUAUCCCCAAAGAUUGGGAUUGAUCAUAAUAAAUGACCACAACAUAUAGUCAUACCACAAUCACACACUCACAGAGUUUAAAAGUCUUCAAAUUGAGGAUCCAGGUGCUUAUCUCCCUAGGCUAUUCAAGGAAGGGUUCUCCAAGGAAGGGUUCAGGUGUCUGAAGCCUCAGGAGAGGGUCUGAGAUGAUGUUUCAGACAGAAGCUGCACCUAGGUAUCCCUCCCUUCCAACCAGUUUGUUCAAUGUCCCUUUUCCCUUACCAUACUGGCUCUAUUUCCCAAGGUGAAUGGGAAGUGGAGAGGACUUUUCUUUAUUCUUUGCUACAUUGAAGACAAGAUCUCAGGGCCGAGAAACUCUAGUGAAAAUUGGACCAAUUUCACCAAGUGGGAAGUUCUCCAUAUGACAGGCCUUUGGGUAAAGCAGCUUGGGUAUACGUUCAAGGAACUGGUGAUAUGCUGUUGAGGACUGGAUAGAAAUCAAGAUCUAUGGUUGGAAGUCACUAUUACCACCCCCACUCACCCUGUACUCCUCUGAAAAGCACAAGUUAUUUCCUGGGUCAUUAGGUAAACACCUGAAUGCUCUCAGAAAGAAGAACAUGACAUUCCUGGGGCCCAGAGGAAAGUGAAGAGGAUCCACUUUGUCCCAACCCUCCUGUUCUCCUAGAACUCAGUCCCAGAUGCUUAGUGGGCAAGUCUUCUCAAAGAAACAGGACUGGAUUACAGCCCACCCAAGGAAGGCAGUGUGAUGCAAUAGAAAGAAUGCUGGAUUUGGAGUCAGAGAACCUGAGUUCAAAUGCUGGUUCUGUCACUUACUACCUGUGUGACCUAGAGCAAAUCACUUAAACUCUCUGGGUCUCACUUCCUUGAUCUGCAAAUCAGGUGGGCUAACUGGCCUCUCAAGUCUUUUCUAGCUCCGAAUCUGUGAUUCAUUCCCUGGUUAGAGAGCCACCGAAGAAAGCCUCCAUAUCCAUGGAGGGUAGCCCUAUUGGCAGGUAAUGGACAAGUUUUGCAGAGUUCUUGUGGAAUGUCAUUAAAUGAGGUACCUGAGAGAAGACCCUGUCUCUACAUCAGGAGAGAGUAGGCUAUAGCAGAAGCAACUAUCUGGUGGUUUAUAUAAGCCUAUGCCCAGCUAAUCACAUUCCAACCUAUAGUUUUACCAAAAAUGUGUUUGCAUCCAACUGUCCUAUGUACACUCAUCCUGUAGCCCUGUAGACAGGCUCCCAGUAGCUCCAGGCUGGCCCCAGAAUCACAAAAUGACCACACCUCCAUAAGCUCCACCCAUGAAGAGCCUUUUGGACUUGGCUAAUCACAACCGUUAAGUGGAGCCUGAUACCACCUCUCCAUCGAUCUCUACCUAUAAUAAACCCCUCUAGAGGUCCCUGGCCUAGGUGGAGUUUAGACAGAGUUGAAGCUUGCAGAUACUUGAAAGACUUCCACAGGGACCAGAAGGGAGGGGGCCAUCUUCUGGCCAAUCAGACUUUCCUGAUUUCUUCUGUACGUGUGUCUAUAUACAGAAAGGGACACUUACACACUGACAUAUAAUGUCCUUACCUAUAUGUUAUUCCUAAUCAGUCCCCAUCCAUCUGGUUUCUUCUGCACAUAGCUGCCACCCCCUUACAUGAGUCAUUCCUCCUCCCUCCCUCCACUCCCUUAGUCUUAGUCCCAACUCUUUGGACAGUAAGCAAACUUGAGAAAUUGACUGGAACCCAAUUCACUGGUUUCCCUCAGUGGCCCUUUCCCUACUUUCGUCCUGUCCCUAGCUCCAGGCCUCCAUGUAACUUGCACUUUAUUUGGCAUGUUCUCCUUUGGUCUGAUCUGGCACUCAUCCCCUCACCCACAUGCCAGGGAUCCCACUCUCCUACCCAACCCUGAAUGCCUUCAACAGAGGGCAGUCUCUCCCCAGAUGAGUCUUAUUUCUCUUCUAAACUGUGAGAUGUGCCUCCAGAUAUGGGCAGUUCUUAAGAAAAUGGAUCAUAUCUCCACUAACCAUAUCUGGGAAUUUGGGGAAAAAGGAAGAGUUAGGGAUACAGAUGGGGAAUGCUUCAGAGGAUGGUCUGGUAACUCCCGCAAGGGGUGGGGUCCUUGAGGUGGCUGGGGUGAGAAAACAGAAGAAGGUGGUGGUAAUGAGGGAACCCACUGAAACCAUGAAAAAAACCACCAAACUUGUAUGCCUUACAUUCACCUCCUUACAACACUAGACACCUUAGAUAAGGGGGGAAAGGUCAUAUGACAUGUAUAGAAGGUUUACCUAUGGAAGAGAGAUAGAAUAAAUAAUAUAUAAUAUAUACAUAUCUGCAUGUGUAAAUAUGUAUACAGAAAAGUGCACAAAGAACUUACAGUGAGGGGCAGGACACAGGGCAGGUUGGGAGAGGGAUGGGUGGGAUGCCCCGGACUCCCUGUCUCAUGAUGGCCACUGCUUCUGGUCACAGUCUAAAGUUGGGGGAUUGGCUCUGAGGUCACUGGAGAUUGAGAAAGGGUGGAAUGGGCUGAUCUUGUGGGAAAUAGAGGCAUCUAUUGUGAGCUUGUGAUAUUCAGAAAACUAAUCAUUCCCCACAGCCCAGUGCUGCUGCUAGGGCCUGAAGGGGGCCUACUGGUGGGUAGGGGAAGAAGCAGAGAAAGUAAGAAAGGAGAGCUCUUGGGGAGGAGGCUUUUUGGGUUCUCACUCUUAGUGUAGAGGCUAAGUGUGGAAAAUGUCUUAUCUCUGUUUCUGAAUCCUAGCAGUUGGCUCCUGGCCCACAUGCACUAUUUUUUUAAGUAUAGUCCAAUCCAAUUUGUCCCUCUUAGUAGUCCAUAUUCUUUUCUAUUCACAGAGGUGAUGGCAACUACAACCUGAGCUGUUAGGGGUAAUGACCAUCAUCACCGAGAUUCUAUCAUGGCCUCCCUAUCAUGUAAGCUGGGGGUGGGGGCAGGGGAGCUGGGGUAGGAAGAUUCUGCCUUGCCCUUGUGGCUCCCUCAUCUCAACCCUCCAAUGGAGGGUACCAGUGGUACUCCUAAGAUAGAUGCUUAAGCAUCUAAGUGCUGGUUGAAAGCAGCACUUAGGAGGAUGAUGCCUCCAAAGGCAGGUAGACCCUAAUCCUGUCAUGAGUGAAGAUAGGUUGCUUCUGUAUAGCUAGGAGAAGAGGGUACAAUUGCUCUGGGGAAGAGCCAGCUGCAUCUUUCACACUAUGCUUAGUCCCUCAGCGUCUCCCAAAUCUAAUGAGACUACCUGGGGAUUUCAUAUGUGGCCUGAAGGAAAGGAAGAGGUUACCUACAACUCCCCUACCCUGCGUGGCAGGAAUAUUAUUCCCUUCCCCAGGCUGUUACCCUAGUCCUUCUCCCUCACUUGGCUUAUCUAGUUUGUUUUUAAAGUAACAUGCUGCUGCCUUCACUAUAAAGCUAGCUUGGGCCUCUGGCCCAGUAAUGGCCCAUUCUACUGAAUCAGAAGUAUUUAGGAAAAGGUGUUUCCAUUCAUUACGCUAAAAACUAAACCAGGUCAGAUUUAUCCAGGAAAAAGAUGCUUGAGUAUUUUUUUUUUCUGUACAGAAUAAGCUACUAAAUAAAAUACUUCAUCACCAUAA